GUUUCCCUGAAAUACCUGCCUCGGCCGCCCCCAAACACCGCGUGCGCCACGACGCAAUGCUGCGACCCUGGGCGCAUCUGCGGCGCUUGAAGGGCGUUCGGGGGGAAUCUGCCUCAGCGUGGCAGGUUAAGGAGGAGAAGCGAAGAGUCAAGGAGGCAGACCUCCGAGGCGGCACCUUCGAGGAGCGAGGCUUCGAGGCGGCCCGGGACAAGCGCCGGGCGGUGGCCUACUGGCCGCCCCAGGGGGAGGGUUUCGAGCUCCCGGGCGGCCGGAAGCAGGUGCGAGUGCUGGCGGCCAAGAGCGACGUGGACGGAUACCUGGAGGCGCAGCUGGUCUUCCAGACGCGCGGGGGGCACCUUCUGAUGAACCUCACCCUGGAGGAGCUGGAGGAGCUGGAGAAGCUGGCGCCGAGAGUCAGCGAGUACUUCGACCUCUGGGAGGAGAAGGCCGUGGAGAAAGCGGAGGAGCAAGGCGAGCGCGACCUGCGCAGGCGCCUUGCCGCGCGCAAGGUGGCCGUGGAGUGAGCCUUCGGCUUCGGGCCGGUUUCGCCGGUUUAGGCGGGCGAGGUAAAGCGGGGCCCA